UCGUGAAUGGGGUUUUCUCUUGUUCGACGAGUACGGAAAGCAACCAUCCAAAGGUCGAGAGACGCCCGACCUCCCUUUCAAUUACGCUCUCGACAGCGCAUCGAGACCAAUAUUCUUGUGCGUGCGCCAGACAAGGCACCUUCACGCCACGAAGACAUGUCUGUCUAAAAUACAUCUUUAACUCCGCACUCGGCCUCUACGAAACCAUCACCUACUCUACAAUCAUUACCUUUCACGAUGCCGUGCCUACGAGGAAUUGAGAUCUCUCUCGUGACCGAUCCAUCCAACGAGCGUAUCCCCGAGUUUCCGCAUCCCGAGGGGUCAUCUGCCCGCUUGAUCAGUUCUCAUGGCGGUCCAGCAAAGCAGGAAUCCAUAUCUACACGCAAAGCUGGCCCCACGAUUGCGACGUAUAUACCGUCCGUUCCAGGUCACUGCUUCGCGAUCAAGUACAACAUCAACGUUGUCCCUCCUCCACCCUGCAAAUAUGUCUUCUUCAAGUUAUUCUUGAACGGCCGAGCGAUCACCUCAUGGGGCAUCAACCCAACCGAGAGACAGCAUGGCAAUGUUGUCAAGUCACUGUGGGCACCAGGCCCAAGCUACAACGGACAAGCAGGUCUCGAGUGUCGCAAUUUCGUGUUCCUGCCGGGCCAAGAAACCAGAUCCCCUGCUGAAGACGGUGGCCUGAUUGAAGUGAAGGUUUUCCGAGCACAAGACAGAAAGGCUCGGGCACCGAAAGUGGAGGACUUUCACCCCCAGAAGAACUAUGGCAUCGCUUCCCCCAGUAUCGGCCUUAUGGACCAGCCUCAGCACGCCUGCUUCUAUCAUUGGCAUCUCAUCGAUGCUAGGGACUCGCCCUUUGCAACAUUCAGAUUCCACUACCGCUCGUGGGAUAGCCUUGAGCAGCUGAACCUAAUACCCCAGAGGGAGUUUAAGUUUGUACGAUCCAUCUCUACCAACGCACUAAGCCGCAGCACGACAAUGGAGUUUACCGAAGACAUGCUGCGCCAAGCGGACGAUAGUCAAGCGACACUGGUCACGAACGAUGAUAAUGGUGACGAAGAGUCAAUCUUUGAAGGAAGCAAAAUCCACGGUGACAGACGGAACCAACCCAACUACUCUCUGGGAAGCCCUCCGAUCGUGUUCCCUCUGUCUUCGCUCUCCGACAACAUCCCUCAGCCAAGCAAAGCACUCCGAGAUGCUUAUCGCGACUCGUAUCUCCAGCGACCCUUACCAGAACUUCCACGCGAAGAGCCGGGCGUCGUGUCACGGCGUGCUUCCAUAUCUUCUGCCGUGUCGGGUUGUCCAUCUCUGACCCCUUCUCUCAAGAAACUCGUCGACGAUGGAGCCUUUGACGAUGAUGAUGCUUUUGAGAUUUGCGUAGCGCGGGCCGCUCCACAAAAUGAACCCAACUUCUCCGGCACUCCAGACAAAUCGGGCCCAAGAUCGGAGACACUCGAGGACGUUUCCAUGUCAGAUUACGCGACAUCGCCAGCCUCAACCAGUGAAUACUACCCAAAUAUGGCUUCAUCACCUGGCCGGUAUCUACCAACAACCGGCAGCAGUUACGCUCUCGGCCUCGAGUGUUUCACCCUCACCCCUCAAAAGGAAGAUGGCGCCCCAGCUUCUCACACAGAGUCGGGUCGAAAAUUGUCAACGCAAGCUUUGCCUUCCUGCUACAGAUCCGAGCAAGAUCUGUCCCGAGUUACGAGAAUCAAGUUGUCGGAAGCGGAGUGGAUGAGCCGAACACCUUCGCCUGCUGAAAGGGAACCAGCGAAUAUCGCAAGACGUUUAUGGAGCCCUUCUCCUAACACCUCGACACGCACUGGCCGGCUUGGGGGUGUUAUGAAGAAGUCUUCGGAGGGUUUGGAGAGUCUGGAGAAGAAGGAAGUCUGUUCGGAAAUUGUGGGCAACUGGAUUUGAAUCUGCCAUUUUUAACCAUCCUUAGCUUGAUUACGAAGCUAUCUGGGCUUUGUUAUUCAUCAUUUCAAGUCAAGGUUGGGAAAGGAGUUGUUGGUUGCGCAUUACCUCUAUCUAUACCCCACACUUGUUCUCUUUCCAUCGGUACUUUUUCAGAGGCUCGGAUUUCAGCCGCAUAGCGUAGGAGUUGAUUGGUAUACAAGGUAAUUAUACUUGAGCAAGCGCAAUG